AGUUUCAUUAUAUCAUACAUAUUUGGAACCUCAGGUACUCUAUCUUAUUAUUAUUGUUUUUCCCACUAAGAAUUAUAUUUGGAAAAAUAUAUGUUACAUUUUUUAAUACUAACGUACAAUGAAGGAUAGCUCCAGGCCUCCAGCAAUAGCUCUUCGCUCUUACAACUUUUCUGUGACUGUUCCUCGAAGUCACAAAAAUAAGUAAUUAAAACCUUGGGAAUAAUGGCGAGUACAGUUGUACCUUUAGUCAUAUAUGUCUUAGGAUUGUAGAACAACUACAAUUGUUUUUUUCAUAGCUUACAAUAUGGGCUAUUCAUCUAUUAAAACUUACUUAACAAUGGAAUAUUGGGAUAAGAAUGUUAGCAAUGGACUGUUAAUCACAGCACAUUAUUUUUGACAAUAUCACCAAAGAAUGUAGACAGUUGUAUAUAGGAAUGCUUUCCCACUCAGAUUGGUAUUAUUAAUAUAUCGAGCAUUAAUCCCCUAGGUUAUUUGAAAGAUUCAAGCUCAAUUUGUAAGUCUGAAUUGGUUUAUUUAUUGUCUGCUGGUAAUUCACUGCUUUAAAGAAGAUAGCUCCAUCAUCUGUUAUCUAAAUCUUGCUCAAUAUUUCAAAUAGGUACCUCAUUAUAAUAGAUGAUGUUUGGAGCAAAUCAGCAUGGGAAAAAGUGUGAUGUGCUAUACCUCAGAAUAACCACAGCAGCAGGCUCCUAAUAACAACACGAAUUGAGUCGGUAGCAAAGUCAUGUUGCUCUGACCCUGACGAUCGUGUAUACAGAAUUGAACCACUCAAUGAAUCUGAUUCAAAGGUCCUGUUUUUCAAGAGAAUAUUUGGCGACAAGGAAGGUUGCCCUCCACAAUUAAAGGAAGUUUCUAAUCAGAUCCUGAAGAAAUGUUGUGGCUCACCAUUAGCAAUAAUCAGCAUUGCUAGUUUGUUAGCUAGCAAGCCUGUCAUGUUGAAGGAACAGUGGGAGAAAUUGCUGAUCUCUAUAGGUUCUGCUUUAGAAAAGAAUCCUGAUCUAGAGGGCAUGAAGCAAAUACUUUCGCUCAGCUACUAUGACCUUCCCUACCACCUGAAAAUAUGUUUGCUGUACCUCAGUCUAUAUCCUGAGGACUUCAAGAUUGAAAGGGAUAGUCUGAUUCAGCAAUGGAUCGCAGAAGGAUUUGUUGGUGUAGAAAGAUGUCUAAGUUUGGAGGAUGUUGCAGAAGGCUACUUCAAUGAACUCAUCAAUAGAAGCAUGGUCCAACCAAUGGAUAUAAAAAGUGAUGGUAGGGCCCAUGCUUGCCGGGUUCAUGAUGUUAUGCUUGAGCUUAUAGUAUCCAAGGCAAUUGAAGAGAAUUUUGUCACUUUGAUUGGUGGUCAUCCAGUUCCAACCUCAUUUGUACAAGGCAAUGUUCGCCGAUUAUCUAUCCAGUGUGAUUCAGAAAUUCCCAAAAUACAAGGGGGGAUGAACUUGUAUCAUGUUAGAACACUAACCUCAUUUGCUCAGGCCAACCUUGUACCUCCUUUAUCUGAGUUUAGAGUCCUGCAAGUAUUAAAUCUUGAGGGGUGCCAGGGAUUCAGUGAAAAUUCUCUGAAAGAGAUCAGCAACUUGUUUCAGUUGAAAUAUCUCAGCCUUCGGAGAACAUGGAUUUCAAACCUCCCACCGGAAAUAGGAGACCUGCAAACUUUGGAAACAUUAGACAUAAGAGAUACAAAUAUAGAAGAGUUACCUGGAACAAUAACUGGGCUUGACCAACUGAAGUAUAUACUCAGUGGUGGCUACGCGUGGGGAAAAGUAAAGGUACCAGAUGGUAUUGGGAGCAUGACAUCCCUAAGAGCCAUAUCUGGUCUUGACAUUUGUCGCAGUUCAGCAAGUGCGUUACAAGAACUUGGUAAUCUGAAAAGUUUGAUGGAACUUGCAAUCAAUUGGACAGAUUUUACUUCUGGAAAUGUGAAGCACCAAGAGGCUAUGAUGACAACUCUAGGAAAACUGGGCACAAACAACCUUCAAUCCUUCGCAAUCUGCAGUCGAAACUUAAAUUCCCUUGAGUUCCUGGAUUCUUGGUCACCACCACCCAAUCGCCUUCAGAAGUUCCGACUGUCAGCAUAUUACUUCCUCCCAAGAGUCCCAAGGUGGAUGGCACCACUCUGCAACCUCAUUGAUUUAAAUAUUAACAUUGCAGAACUAACAAAUGAAGAUAUACUAAUACUCAGAGAGUUGCCUUCUCUACUUUAUCUCGACUUAUGGUUGAAGUCACCCCAGAAAGAUGAUACGAUUGUUAUUCAUGGAGUAGGAUUCCCAUACUUGAAAGAGCUCCUCUUCAGUUGUGAAGGAACAUGCUUGAUGUUUGAACCAGGAGCUAUGCCAAAGCUGGAGAGGCUAUCCACAACAGUCCAUGUAAUCAGAGCAAAAGCAUACAGUCUGCAAUUUGGCAUCGAGCACCUGAAAUCUCUCAAGCAAAUCAACAUCCAAGUUUUAUGUUCUGGCGCAAGUGCAUCUGAUAUCAAGCAUGUUGAACAAGCAAUUUCUACUACUGUGAGUUAUCAUCCUAACCAUCCUAGGAUGAACAUCGAAAAACAUGGUGUGGACUUGAACUUAGAGGAGAGAAACAAGAGAGAACAUUCCGAAAACAAGAAUAUGGAAAAACUUGCUAGUAAAGAGGAUAUCAAUCAUACAAACAAGAAGAGAAGGAAACUACAGAUUGAAGAACAUCAUUCGUCAAGUGCAUGAUGAUUUCUCAGCAACUGUAAAUUUGAAUGAAAAAAAGACACGGCUGAGGCAGGCUGAUAU